GAGCUCAGUGUGUACUGCAAUGCAACGGAAAAUAUGCGUGUUUACCAAAGUCGUUUCGGUAGAACGGUGUCGUGUGUUGCGUCACGUUUAAGGAAAUUGAUAGUGCGCCGAGGUCGACGUGACUAAUAUUAUCGCGUAUUGUGUUCAUUUCCUAGAGAAAUUUCAUAUCUUAAUAUAAUAUUCAAGUGUGGUGCAGUGAAUUAACGUCUAAAUGGAAUUUAUUUUUUCCCAUCCCGUUUUUCCCUGUGGGUGGAGGCCAGACAAAUGUCCGACGUUCGACACGCCACGCGACCGACAUAACCUUGUGAUGUCGUGUAUCAAAAUGAACUGCCAAAGACAAUCAAAUCGCGGGGUAAAGAUGCGCAUAUGGUACACGAAGAGCUUGUGCAACUCAUGAAAUGGAAACAAGCUAGAGGCAGAUUCUACCCCCAACUAUCGUACCUUAUAAAAGUGAACACACCCAGAGCUGUAAUGCAAGAGACAAAGAAAGCGUUCCGCAAACUGCCCAACAUAGAAUCAGCGAUGACCGCGUUGAGUAACCUGAAGGGUGUCGGUACAGCAACAGCGUCCGCACUCCUCGCGGCCGCCAGCCCGGAGAUAGCCCCCUUCAUGGCCGACGAGUGCCUACAAGCCAUUCCAGAGAUGGAAGGAAGCGACUACACUGCCAGAGAAUACCUCAAUUUUGUAAACCAUAUUAAGAACGUCUGUGAUAGAUUAAAUAAGGAACAAAACGGCUGUGGCAAAAAAUGGUCCCCACACAUGGUCGAACUCGCACUAUGGACACACAACAUCGUCUCAGACUUACAACCAGAGCUACUAGGCAAGGAACCCACGCAAAGGCCCCCCACAAACGGCGGCUCGCCCCUUCCCAGUGACGAGAGUAAUUUAGAACCACCCUCCACGAACGGCAACGGUAAAUUAGGAGCCGACUCAGUGAACGAGGACACGACGACGUCGUGUACGGAGGACUCUCUGGACGCGAAGCCUGCGUCGCCAUCCACCCCCGCCACUCCCGCCACACCAGCCUCACCCUCCGACAACUCAGACUCCGCCUUCAGCACGCCGCGCGCCAAAAGACAAUUAGAAGAGGCGAGUUCGGCGGAGGAGAACUCGCUGGGCGACGCGACGGACGCGGCGCCGCUGCCGGCCAUCGCUAAGAAGCUCCGGAAAGCCACUCACUGACACGCGCACUCCCACCAAGCCCUCGUGCGCCUAUAAAUAGCUUGUUAGACUUAAAUAUUGUACCUAGGUAAUUUAUUUUUCAAUUCCGUUUAAUUUUAACUUAGCGUUAAGUUUAAAUACCGGUCGGUUUUGUAAGUUUUAUAGGGUAUUAAUUGAUAAUUGAUUAAUGUACGGACGCGGUCGGCGAUGCCGGCCCUACUGGGAGUAUGAGAUUGUACAAUACAUACGCGAGUGUAGGAGGUUACGUUUCGUUCAUGAUUUGACGUUUGAAAGUUCGCAUCCCGCGUGACAUUCCAGUAAUUGUAAUUAGUCGGCGGCGAGGGAUGGCGGGGGCCGCCGCUGUGACAUCCGGAGGGCGGCGGGACUGCGCCCCCUGCCUCCCCCGGCGCGGGGAGGACGGGGACGCAGCCGCACCGCCGCAGAUGCCUUGACACUCACACCAUUGCCUUAUGACACAGUCUGCCCGCAGAGUUUAUAUGCAACAAGAUAAUACAAAGGUCGUGUUACCCGGGCGCCGGGACACGGGCCCACAUGUAGUUUUUAUUGAACAAAUAUAAAAUAUUAAUUUUAUAA